AUAUAAAUAAAUGUAUAGUUUAAAGUGCAAUAGUUAAUUGAAUUUCAAAAACCAAUAUGUUGCCAACACAUAAUAAAGAAAAGCAAUCUCCCAAUAGCCUAAAAGUAUUAUGCUUCACGUUUACACAUUUAAGUCCAAAAGCAGAAUUUUUGAUUGCAUGUGGUUUAGUGUUUGUCUUUUAUUUAAUCUAUGGAUACUUUGCUGAACUUAUAUUCACACUUGACGGAGUCAGUGGUUGGUACAUCACGCUUGUGCAAUUCCUUUAUUAUACAAUUUUUGGAUUAUUUGACAAUGUGAGACGAGAAAGAACUGUUCCUAUUAAAAUUUAUCUACUGUUGGCAUUCUUGACACUUGGCACUAUGGGCCUGUCUAACUUUUCUCUUGAAUAUCUCAACUAUCCUAUGCAAAUAAUAUUUAAAAGUUGUAAAUUGAUUCCGGUUCUGAUUGGAUCGAUUUUGAUUCAAAAGAAGAAACAUAAUGUGAUGGAUUUUCUUGCGGCUUUCGCAAUGUGUAUUGGUUUAAUCUUUUUUACACUUGCUGACUCGCAAGUGUCGCCGAGAUUCUCUGGCUAUGGAGUGUUUAUUAUAUCAUUAGCUCUUGUUUUUGAUGCUGUGAUUGGAAAUGUUCAGGAAUUAGCAAUGAAGAAACAUAAUGCGCCAAAUAGUGAAGUUGUAUUCUAUUCCUAUGGAAUUGGUUUUCUUUAUUUAUUAGUGCUAAUGUUGCUGACUGGUGACUUCUUCAGUGGGUUCAUCUUCUGUCGGGAGCAUCCUGUAGAAACCUACGGUUACGGAUUUCUCUUAAGUGUCACUGGUUAUCUUGGAAUUCAAGUAGUUCUUACACUCGUUCGGACAUCAGGUGCAACAACCGCUGUUACAGUAACAACAACUCGAAAAGCUAUGAGCAUUGCGGUCUCAUUUAUCUUCUUCACAAAGCCAUUUACAAUGCAAUAUGUGUGGUCUGGUCUCAUAAUAGUUCUUGGCAUUUAUCUCAACGUUUACAGCAAAAAAUCGAAAUUAACUUUCAAGGAUAUCGUCAAUAAAGUUCGAUUUAUUUUUGAGACAAAACGAAAUAAACGAUCUCAGAUGAGUGACCAAGAAAAACUUCUUGAUGUUUAGAUAAAUGAAAACAUUUCAACUAUUCAAACGUUUAGACAUAUUUAUAAAUAAAUUAAAUAAUAUAAACUCCUUCUAGAGAAAUAAAAACGAAUU